GUCUCCAAGCAACACCGUGUAAAUAAGUGGGUGUCUUUACUGCUGGCUAGUGAACAUGAGAGUAGUAGAGAUAUGAAUGAAACAUUUGAUUGAAGCUGUUUACUUGAGCUAGCGUACCUUAGCGUUGAGUAAAAGCGAAAUCCUACGACUAUUCAACAGAUCAGACAGGUUGCUGAUGGUUGUUGGUAAGCAAAUGGGGCUUUUUGACAAGUUGGCAGGAUGGCUGGGGUUGAAGAAGAGUGUGAAUGUGCUGUGUCUUGGUCUAGACAACAGUGGAAAAACUACAAUCAUCAACCAACUAAAGCCUUCAAAUGCCCAGGCACAAGACAUUGUCCCAACUAUUGGCUUCAGCAUAGAAAAAUUCAAGACUUCCAGUCUUUCCUUUACAGUGUUUGACAUGUCUGGUCAAGGCCGAUACAGAAACCUUUGGGAACACUACUACAAGGAAGGGCAGGCUAUCAUAUUUGUCAUUGAUAGUGCAGACAAACUGAGGAUGGUUGUGGCCAAAGAAGAACUGGACACAUUACUAAACCAUCCUGAUAUUAAACACAGAAGGAUCCCCAUACUGUUCUUUGCCAACAAGAUGGAUGUCAGAGAUGCUUUAUCUUCAGUGAAGGUCUCACAGCUGCUCUGUUUGGAAAACAUCAAAGAUAAACCCUGGCACAUCUGUGCUACAAAUGCCCUGAAAGGAGAAGGUUUACAGGAAGGAGUCGACUGGUUGCAAGAUCAAAUAAAGAUGAUGAGAACGUGAGGGCAUGAGGAUGAUCACUCAGAAGUAGAAGCAAGAUCCUCAAGAGCAUUUUAUGAAAGGCGGGUUGACCCUGUGUCCAGAGGUACCAUGGAGAUAGUGGUGUUUUUAAUGCGGUGAAGAAUGAUUUAUUAAAAAUAUUUGAUUGUAAUUGAUUCUCUGAUACCAAUUAUGCCAAUGCAGUCCAACUUUUGAGUGUUAAUUAAAAAAACGAAAAACUUUUAAACACUUAAACACAUACAAUCGGACCAGUUCGUUACCAACUUGUACCACUGUAUACAAGGAUUGAGUUAAUCUGAUAAAUACAGCACUGGAAUGUUAAUAUUCCUCCCAUUCCUCAAUAUCGAGGUACAAUAAGCACUGGUUUUAUUUUUAAGUAGUCAGAAGUUUGAAUUUGGUUUCAAUAAUGCUUUGCAUGCUUAAGGCCUCAGAUGAUCUGUGUCUGCUACAAAUGUCUCUGAAGAGACACCAUGUAAACUCAAGGUCCUUUGCACUUUGCUCAUAAACAUCAACCAAGGUGUUGACCAUAUUUUGCCCCUUGUGCAGUAAAUGUUGACUUUAUCUGGCUUUAUUUGCAUUUGCAGCCAAAGUCACUUCCUCUCCCAAGCCUUUGGACCCAGACAUCUUUCAGUUUUUUUAGCAGUAAUAUCAGGUAGACACACAUUUAUAUAUAAUAGACUAAUAGAAAAGAAUGAUCCUGAGAGGAAUGUCCUCCUGAAGUUGUUUCCACUGCAGACUUAUGCCAGGUGCUCUGCUUUUCUCUUUUUUUUGUCUCAAGGUUGUGUUUACAUAAACAUUUUUGUGCUUGAAGCAAAACAGUGAUCUAGUUAAAAUGAUUAACUCCACACUUUAAAAUUGGACAAAUAUCAUCAUUUUUGAUGCACACCAUAAACACAGCUCCUUUAUUGGACUUGCACACAGUGGGGACUUUUUACUUUCACAUUGAACUGUUUUACCAUCACCUACUCCUCCUUCACUUCUUUCUUGACUCAUGUUGCUCAUGCUGGAAUGAUGGCACCCUCCUGUUUUCUAUUAGAUAUUUAAACUUGUGGUUAAGUGCACCUAGCUAGUUUAGCUUUGAUGCUUUGACAAAUCUUCCAAUGAUUGUAAUACAGUGAAUGUUAACUAGUCCACGAUAUUUACUUUAAAAUCAAAACUAAUUUUUCAUUUUCUAUUUUUCAACUAGUUUUCUUAUUUUUGCCUUAUUUCAUUGCUCAAAGAAAAAAUGUAACCAAACUAAAUGCUUCUAUGUGUUUACUCAUGGUACUAAAGUGAUUCAUCAGCUGACAACGGAGAAAAUCUUCCAGUCAGGCUUCGUGAAAUUUUUAAUUCAAGUUUUUCAUGAUUGGCUCUAUUUUGCAUAGAAAAGCGCAUCUACAUAAAUCUGUGUGUGUGAGCGCUUUUUAGUUUGGUAAAGCAACACUUCCUGUUACAAUGUUCAUUGCACAGAUCAUGUUUUUACUGUUUUUGACUUAUUUCAAGGUGAAAAAUGUACAAUCAUGUUAAAAUAAGUUUAAUACGGUGUGGUCUUUGACAUUUUGUUCAUAAAUGUGUCAUCUGUAAAUCUAUUUACUUCAAAAAUCAAACAUGUAAGAAACUAAAAAUAUGUUGACACUCCAGUAGUCAAUAUUCUAGCUCAGUCAAAGCAAAUGAUAAACUUAGUUUUUCUCAUCUGUGUCUUAAGACAUGAUGCCCUGUUCACCUUCACUACUGGACAAUACAUCAAAUAUACUCAAAGAUGUCUGAAUGAUAUUGGGGCAAGCAUGUCCCACUGAAAAGAAAAGAAAAUAACCGUAGAAUGUUUUGUACAAGUGAAUAGCACAAAUACAUCAUAUUAGUGUUUGUGAAUUUAGUUCAAGUGUUACAUGAAUGAGGAAUUAAUUUGUUUUAUAUUCCUGCCAAUUUCAAAAGAUUAACCAAACAGAUAAAAUUUAAUCAGAAAUAUAGUUUUUUAAGAAAAAAAAUCUUGCUUAUGUAUGUUUAGCACAUGCAUGUAAGCUUAAAAGUUCUGCUUUUGUUGCUAUCAGGCAGUUUUCUAACUGCUGUCCUUAAAGUUGCAUAUCAUUGUACUGUAGUGUUUUUAUGACUAAGACACAUUUCAAGCAAAUGUUACUUUCGUACCAGUGUCCUCAUGGACAGGGUGAUUUUUGUACCAACACCGAGGGAUGUCCUGAUCCAAAAAAUUCACAUCUUCCCCUUUUGUAGCGCUAAGGACACAUCAUUGAUUUGUAAUAAUUUGUCUGGGACUUACUCUAGGACAUUUUAGAGGUGAUUUAACGGGAGAAGUUUGAACUCUGCUACUCUCCAGACAUUUUAUGUUAUGUUUUCAAACAAAGGGACAGUUAGGUUUUUAUAUCCCCCAUUCUACAAUGAUUAUCCUAGCACAGGUUCACUUUAGUUUUAGAGAACUAUUUUUGUUGUAUCAUCUAACAAGCUGUCUGUGAUUUGUUGAAUACAUUAUAUGUGUUAAUUUUCAAAGAAUAAAUAC